AGUACGAUUCCACCAUUGCCGCACCCCUUUGCUUAUUCGUGUUCCGCUGGAACGUAGUCGCCAUUCGCACUUCUGUCGACGUUAAAUUUCCUUCUCUCACCGAGAAAAGUUGCAAUUUCUGUGAACAGUGCCAUUUAGCGUAGCGCCCCAGCGUUCAGGACGAAAUUACAGAGGAUUCGGGAGCGCGCGGAGGAAGAUUUUGAAAACACCGCGAGGAUCGGAAGAGAGAAAAAAAGGGAAAGAAAGAAGGUUCCGGAAAAAAAGGAGGCACCGCCGCGCUGAUUCAUUCAACUUGCAGUGGUGAAAUUUUUUGGGUGUUGCGCACAACGACAUUUGGAUUUCGUUGUUAAUUCCCAUUCACAUUGCCCUCGUACUCUCUGCAUUUCGCUCAGCACUCAAGAAAACGCGAAAGCUUGUCCGUGAGUGAGAAUUCCCGGCAUUUGAGGAAGGUUUAAGAAGAAAGAGGCAAAAAAUCUCCACACCGAGACCCCCCAAAGUUGCGCUUUUGUGCUCUCAUUUUCCACACUUCUUGUGAAACCCGUACGGUCAUUUUGGGGUAAACUUCUCCUUUAUUUCAUUUGUGGGCAAAUCUUACAACCCCCGAGAAAAUCACAAUGAGCUGGCAGGAUUACGUUGACAAUCAGCUCAUGGCUUCCGGAUGCGUGCAGAAAGCAGCCAUUGCUGGACACGACGGUGGCGUUUGGGCCAAAUCUGAUGAAUUUGAGGUGACAAAAGACGAAAUAUCAAAACUAGUGAAAGGUUUUGAAAAGCAGGACCUCCUCACAAGUGGUGGUGUCACCUUAGCUGGUCAACGAUAUAUUUAUUUGUCGGGUACCGACCGAGUCAUACGUGCCAAAUUAGGCAAAGUUGGUGUACACUGUAUGAAGACCCAUCAAGCGGUGAUAGUAUCAAUCUACGAAGAUCCAGUUCAACCGCAGCAGGCUGCUUCGAUAGUAGAGAAACUUGGUGAUUAUUUGCUUACAUGCGGGUACUAGAGGUUUAUGUGUGCUCGAACGAUCAUGUAAUCACAUUUCUCUUCGGCAUUAAUUUGUAUAAGAAUUAAUAAUUAUUAAUGAAAAAAAUGGGAGAAAAAGAAAAGGAAAGAACGUGAAGAAAAAAAAUUAUACAAAAGAGAAAGGAAAGCAUACAAAAAAAAUUCAGCUAAAAAAAUAUUAAAAAAAUAAUAAUUAUAAAUAUAUAAUUGAAGAAAAAAAAAUGAUAAAUUCUGUACUUCGCGAUUAAACUGCACGUUUUUUUAAAGAGAAUUUUUUUGUCGUAAAUUCAAUUUUAUUAAUUUUUUUUCGUGGCUACAAUAAGGUGAGUAAAAAGUUUAUUUUUUUUCCUUUUGAUGAGAAUUUUUGCGAUUUAGAAAAAUAUAAAAAAAAUUUCCUUUUGAACGAUUCUUUCCCAAUUUAUGCUGUCAACAACAUCAAAUGAAUGGAAAGAAGGAAAUGAUGAGAAAAUAAUGAAGAAGAAGAGGGUGAAAAUGAAACUAGGAUUUAGAAAAGAGAUUGUAAUACAUUUCAAACAUAAUGUAAUAAAAAAAAAUCUAUGUUAAUUUAGUACCAAAAUUUUUUUGGAGAGAUUCAGUGAAUUUUCAAACGCAUUAAAAGCUCUUCUUUAUAUAGAGAAAAUUUUUCAAUUUAAAAAUAAAUUUUUCCGAGCUUUUAUCCAUUUUUAUGUGUAGAUUUUUAUGGAGCUUUUUUUUCUCUAAUCUAUAACCGCGCUAUGACAGAACAAGAAAAAAUAUGAUAUUCAGAAAAAAUGAUUAAAAUAUUGUAAUUAGCUUCGUUUUCUGUCGGAUUUAUCUAAAAAAAAAGUAUAAAUAAAAAAAAAUCAAGUAAUUUUCUUCCAAUUAGUUUUACUGAUGAGAACUGGCUUUUAUGCAUUUUUUUAAUGAAGAAAAUCUUUUUGUUUUAAAAGAAAAAAAGUCGCUUAUGUUAAAUAUCUCUAUACUUUUUAUUAUUAAUUAUGUACUUGCAUAGUAUCUUUUGUAUAUUUGAUUUCUCUUACAAUUUUUUUUGAUUUUUUUUUCUAUUCUCAUAAAAUCAAUUUUUAGGUCGUUUUAUUUUCUUUUUUUUUUCUUUUUAAAGAAAUGUAGAAAUUUUUAAUGAAAGAGAGAAAUGUGGGAUUAAAAAAAAAAGAAAACAAUACUUAUCAUUCUUAUAUUAAAAAAAAAUCAUAAACUAAAUGAAAAACGCGCAUAAAAUGUUUAAGAAUUAAUUAUUCGUCACCAUAAUAAGAAAGUAUUUCUGAAAUGAAGUUUUUUUUUGCGAUAAUUCAUUAAACAUUGUGAGAUAAAAUGAAGAAAAAAAAUAGAAUGAAAAAUCCUUUGAUUUUAUUUCAGUCAAAAAUUAAUAAAGAUUUGCUUUCGUAAUUUCUUUUGAUUUUUAAAAUCAGAGGAUUUUUAAAGGGUAAUUUUUUUUUAAAGAAAACAAUUAAAGAGAAAGUUCAGUUUUUUUUUUCUAUUACUCUAGUAGUGUAGUAUUUUUAUCAGAUAUUUAAAAGAAAAGUAAAAAAAAAAUAAUAAAAAAGGAGCGAAGAAGGGAUGAGAAGUAAAAAAAGGAAAAACAAGUAAUAAAGAGAUGAGAUUUUUUUCUAAUGAUGAAAAUAUUGUAAUUUCUGUGUUGUGACUAAAAAAAAAAGUAUGAAAAAUAUUGAGAAAAAAAAAGUAAAAACUGAGUGCUUUUCAUUUUUUCUUUGGCAUCUUCUCAGAGCAGAUUAGAAUAUAUAAACCAUUUAUAAUUGAAUAAUGUAUAAUAUAUUUGAAAUUGAAAAAAAAAAGGAUAAAUAUCUCGUCAAGAAAACUCUCUUCCAAAACUCACGGAGAUUUCUCCAUAAGAAGAAAAGAAAAAAAAAAGAAAUUGAUGUGAUUUUUUUUCUCUAAAUAAAUUGAUGAGAUAGGAAAGGAAAUAAAUUGUAGAUGCGGGAUUUUUAGGAAGAAAAAAAAAAAGGAUUUGUGAUGAAAAACAUGUUUUAAAGACGAGAGAUGAAAAAAAAAGAAGUGAAAAUAGCAAUUUUUAAGCAGUAUUUCUUACAUUUUUCUACACCCUGCCCCCUCUUUUUGAAAAAAUCUUCAUCGUUGCAAAAGUAAAAGAAAAAAAAACAUAAUUAUAUAUAAUUUUCUUCCGCUUCUCGUGAAUAUUGAAAUCACGUCAUUUUUAUUUCCUUGGCUGAAUAUCAAAAGAAAUAAAGAAAAAAAGAGAAAAAUUAAGAAAAGGGAAUAAAUAAAUAAAAAAACGACAUAUUUCAUAAUUUUUCUAGUAAUGAAACAUAAGAAUGCAAUGAAAAUAUGCGCAACAAUAUACAGAUAAAUAUAUAUUUCAAAAAUAUUUAGACUAAACCAUUUUUUUUCAAUUAAAAAGAAUGUCUUCUGAAUAUUUUUGAAAUAUUCCAUGAUUUUGUAAUAAUGUAGUAGCAUUAAAUGAAAACAUUAAGGAUGAAUUUUUCAUGUUCUCAAAAGAAAAAAUAAUAUCACAGAUUGAGAAAAAAAAACAAUAGUAAUUAAAAAAUAAAAGAAGAAAAGAAAAAAAGAAAUAGUUGAACAUAAAAUGACUUUGAUACUGGCAAACAAAUAAAAUAUAAACAAUUUUUAUUAAAGAAAAAAAAAACAAUAAUAAGAAAAUGAGUGUAAUAACAAAUAAGCUAGUGUUUUUGAGAUAUAAAAAAAAGUGGUGAGAAAACAAUUUCGUAAUUUUUUACAUGAUGUUGUGUAAAAUCCAUAAAUAUUUAACAAUUUUUUUCCUCCCAAUUGCUAGUCCCCCCAAGUAAUGCUAUUAAAAGAAAACAAACCUCAAACACAUACCCACACAAGUACAGAACUAAAAAAAAAAGAAAUGAAAUGAGAAUAGUUAUUGAACAACAAAUUAACAAACAAAAAAAUUGGAAAAUAUUUCGAGGAAAUAAUUUGCAGUGAAAAACACAAGAAAACAAAAAAAAACAUUUAGAAGGAAGAAAAUGAGAGGUUCUCAUCUGAAAAAUUAAUGCAAAAAAAAUUGAGAUAUGCAUGUAAAAUUAACAUGAAAUUUGUAAAAGCAACACAGAUAUGCAAAUUAAAGACGAUAAAUCGAUAAAA